UAAGAAAAAGGACCGGGGUGAAUUUUCACAUAUUGAAGAGGUGGAUGUGUAAUUCACAAAAAAGUCAAUAGAUUGCAGUAUUUAUACUCAAAUUUCCGACGAUCGCCGGGUCUGAGAAAAAGCUCCUCUCUCCGGGAAUGGCAGGAAUGGCUGUGUUUGCCUCAAAUCUCUCGAGCGAGAUUGGGUUAAAAUUGCUUCUUAGCCCGCUUAAUACUAAUGUAAUUGUCCGCACUGCAUGCUGUUCUGUAGGGAUUGUUUUGCCUGUUUAUUCUACCUUCAAAGCAAUUGAGAUGGGGAGUCAAAAUGAGAAACAUAAAUGGCUUCUGUACUGGGCAGCAUAUGGAUCUUUCAGUAUCGUUGAAGCAUUCACAGAUAAAUUUCUCUACUGGUUCCCACUAUACUAUCAUGUGAAGCUCGCAUUUCUUGUUUGGCUUCAACUUCCAUCUGCUGAGGGUGCUAAGCAAUUGUACACGAACCAUCUGCGCCCUUUCCUCAUGAGACAUCAAGCAAGGCUGGAUCAUAUUUUGGAGUUAAUUCAUGGAGAAUUGGCUAAAUUUAUUAGCACUCACCAAGCAGAAAUCCAGUUUGCAAAGGUUCUUCUUGGCAAAACUUUACUAUCAGUUGGAAGCAUUCUUCAACAACCCGCGCAAGGACGAGUUGUUGGUACAAUUGAAGGGCCAGCAGAGCAAGUAGAGACUUCAGAGUCAGAAGAUGAAUCGUGAUGCCCUUUUCAAAGUCAGAUAAAAAGUAUCUUCUCUCUGUUGUACUUCAUAUCAACUUAGUUUAGCUUUAGCUUUCGUUCAUUUCCGCACUGCAUCUUUGAUGCAAAAAUAGAUAGGAGUGAUCAGUGUAUACAUGAUUUUCUAAGGAGACAAUUUUGUUGUGGGUUUGAGAGUUUCCUUCUCCCUUUUCCUGUAAAUAUAUCAACAGAAAAUAGGUUUCACGUUGUUUUAAACCAUUUUAGCA